UCCUCAACGAUGAAGGCGAUCUUGGUGUUGCCGAGUAUUCCUGAGUUGUUCAUUUGUUUGCGGGCUAGCUCAAAGCCAUUCAGCAUUGACAGACCAUACGGGGAAGCGAAUCGCCCUGUCUGUGCUACAACAACGCCAAUGGAAAUCUCUCUCUCUACAUCUUUCAUCUCAGGUGGUGCGGCGACGACAAGUUGCCCAAUCGGGUUAUAGACGGAAAGCCCCACAACGAGUGCGACAAUCGCCAAGACAGACGCGAAUUUGGUGAACUGUCUGAUGUUCAUUUUGAACCUCCAGUGGUUGUUUAAGGAAAAAAUAAGUGAUUCGACAUCUUCAUCGGUUAUAUGCGCUUUAUAUGCUAAAAGGUAAUGCAAACUAUUAUACAUCUGCACCUCAACAGAAGUCAAAAAAAUGUCGAUUCUAG